AUCUUUUGAACCAAACCAUAUCUUCUUAUGACCCUCUCUCUCUCUCUCUCACUCUCUCUCUCUCGACUGUGAGCAGCGACAGACGACGGUGUCGAGCGAUGGCAGCGACAACGUGAGACUGGAUCGAGCAACGGCAGACGACGGCGUCAAGCGAUCAUCACCACCUCCCAGUAAGUCUCACACCUCUCUCUCCUAUUCUGUUUUAUCUUAGAGCCCUGAUUUUUACCCUCUAGGUGUCACUCUCCCUCAAGAGAUUCUACACUUCCUGCCAUCGACUUAACCGCCUUUGUCUCCACCGUCAUCUCCAACUUAAACAACCUAUUUGAUAACGCCCAACCCCCUAUUACGAUGACAAAACCCUAGAUGUAUUCAAGCUCGAUUAUAAACUGGUAUGCAUGUAGUUCAUGAUCGCCUAAUUGAGGAGGAGGAGAAGAAGAACAAAGACGUGAUUCAAUUGGAGCAGGAGUCUGUAAUUCCAAUUCUAAAGCCGAAACUCAUCAUGACGUAGGCCAAUCUCAUUAGUAUGAUAUUUCCUUCUCUUCUUAUUAUUUGCAUAUUCCCUUUUGUUUUGCCUUAAUCAUUUUCUAAAAUCCCAAUUUCCAAUCAUUCCCUAAACCCCCUUUCUCUCCGCAAAUUCAUCAUUCAAACACAAUAUUAUCAAAGUUUUUACAUCUUACUUACUGCUAAUGCUACACUCUAAUCUGAUUUUUCCUUGGUAUUGAACCCACACUAAAUUUCUCAUGAACUGAAAUGGGCAGUAAGUACUAACGAGAUAGUUUUUGUUUUUCUAACGAAUUUUGGGUUUGACAUUGAUUUCACAUCAUUUUGUUUUUUGGCAACCUGCAACUUGAUGCGGGCAUAAAAGCAUUUCUAUUCUUUCUUUCCCUCUAAUAAUAAAAAAAAAGAAAAAAAAGAAAAAAAAGAAAAGAAAAGAUCAUGAAUAAAAUGGAAAAAUGGCAGAGUUCCCAAUUGUGAUUUCUGACCAAGGUCUGAAAGAACCUAAAUGCUUUGUCUUUGGCUUUUGAUUCCCCCAGAACACAGUUCUAACCGGGCUAAGUUUCUAAAGCUUUGCAGGAGAGUUAAAUACACAAUUCAUGCUUGGUAUCUUCUGCAAUUUGAGGAUCUGAUGCAAUUGUUCUCCCUCUUUGAUCCUGUCCAUGGGACUGAGAAAUUGGAGAAGCAGAACCUAACUCCAGAUAAAAUUGACAUUCUUGAGCAGAAUUUCCUGACAUACUUAUUUCAGAGAUACAUGCAGCAAUACAAUAAGGUGGAGCUUUCAGCUAUUGGAAUGGGUAUCUCUUACUUUUAUAGUUCAAUAACAUUAAAAUACUUGUCAAUUUCUAUUUUUUUUAGGUAGGGCUUAAUUUAUGUUAUAUAACUCAAUAUUUAUGUUAGUAUGUACCAAGAAUAGCUUCAUUUCUUUUAUGAUGCACAAUAGCAAUUCAUAUUCUUUAUAUCAGAUUGGUUAUAAGUACCCAUCAUAGCAUCA